AUGAAAAAUGGUAUCGAAAUAGUAACUGAAGCGGGUAAAACAAUCACUUAUAAUUGCACAAUAUUUUCGUUCCCAGUAGAUUCAGUAGCAAGACCAAUUUUACAAAACAGACUUCAAUUUAAUGGGUUCUACGGUUGCAGUUGGUGUUACCAUCACGGAAUUUACGACUCGAGGAGUAUGAGAUAUCCUUUAACUUCUGAAAAU